ACACACACACACAGACAUCAUCGCGAAAAUAGUCAAAACGGAUUCAGGGGACCUCAAAACGUAAAAAUCCGUCGAAACCUCGAGAUCGAAAAAAUCAUGAUUCCUAUACUUUCCUUAUAUCUGUAUACAGAUAGGAAAGUAAAAAUAAAUGUUAAUUUAUUUGAAUCUACCAUAGUUAUGAUUACAUAUUUCAUUUUCUACGAACCACUUAAAUAAAUUUUCUGGAAUAUAGUUUAAAUGUUUAAAAUUUUCUUACAUUUAUUUAUUGUGCCUAGAUAUGAAGUUUGAGAUUUUUUGAAAUUGCCUUAUGAUAUUAUUUGACAAUUGUCUUUUUUUCCUUCUCUCACCUUCAACUUCCUAACUUCUAACUAAUUUUGAUGAAAACGGAACUACUUAUUACCUACUUUAGAAAUAUGGAUUCAGAUUUUUAUAAUGAAUUGGCUCAAUCGAUUGGUUGCAAUACGCCUACAGAAAACAAAAAUGAUCACCUGGAGACAUACUCUGAAUUAGAGUCUACCUCAACCUCAAUAGGGUCUUCACAGUUAGUAGACAUUUCUGGAGUUAGUAUCCCAAAUAAAUGGACACCUGUCUAUGAACUGCUAAAAUCUUGGGGACUAGAAAUAUUAUUCAACACAUUUAUGAAAGAAGAACUAGAUUUGGACAAUUUAAAAUAUGUAACUCCAUUUAUGGCCCAGAAACUGGUAUGCAAUUACCCACUAGGAAUUCAAGCUAGAUUUGAAUAUCAUUUUAAAGCAUGGCAUAAGAUUGAGGGUUGUACUAGUACUUUAGAAGAACAUAGAGUAUCUUCACCUGUAGCUUCAUCAAACACGUCGGAAUGUUCCAAUUUGUCUGAUCGAUGUGAUAAUGAAUCAAAAAGCUACACAAUAAUGGAUAUUCUAAAGUGUCAUGAAGGAGACAUGAUUCGUAAAUAUUAUGAUACUCAUGGCCAACUUAAUUGCAGAAAUAGACAAAUUUUAACUGACAUUAUUGUACAAUAUUUCAUAAGAAAUAACAAAAAAAUGUCGGUUAGUAUUGCUAAUAUGAUAUCCAAUGAAAUAGUAGAUUUAUUUAAAAAAGAAAUUAAGGAAUAUUAUUUUGUUGCACAAUUCAAACGUGCUCCUAAGGGUCGACUAUAUUCCAAAUACCAAAAUGAGCUUCAUAAAUUAGUAAAAUGUGGAUUGGUUGAAAAAAAGCAAAAUGGAAAGAAAGAAGCGGCUACUAUGUUAUUUGAAACAGAAGAAGAUUACACAGAGAUCGUCCAAAGAUUGAGGACCGAAGAUUUAACUUGGGAUCAAAUCGAAACUCUUUGGUCCAAAACAUCUCAAGGACGUUUGAAUGAAAUCAAGCAUGCAAAGGAUAAUGCUGACUUAGCAAAAAACUGGAAGCAAUAUGCAAAUCCUUCCGGUUAUAGAUUGGUGGAAAUUGAUUAUGGUAAUCUCUCAAUGGAAAACAGACAUAAUAUUUUAACUGGGUGGGACGACUUCUUUAUUAAAGUACAAAAAGUACUUAUAAAUAAAUUUAAAGAAAAUUUUGAUAUAGAAUCCAUUUCAUCCGAAGAUGGAAGAAUUGCAUAUAUUUUAUGGCAAUUACAUGGAUACCUAAAACCCACAGGAAAAAAAAUCAUUAAGGACCACACAGGAAAAAAAUGUGUCAUAAAAUAUACAAUUCGGGACUCUCAAACCUCUUUUUUUCUUUUCGGGCCCAGUAUAACUGCCAUAUUGGCAAAAAUAGAAGAAAGCCUAAAGCAGGGCCAUCCCAUGCAACCAUGCAUCAUUGUUGUUGGUACCAUAGAGAAUCCAAAAGAAAUUUUAACCUAUUGGGACGGUGUCAAAUAUAAAUUUUUCAGUAUACUGAAAGCUGUUGACAUAUGCUUCAAAUUGUUUAUAUUGUUUGACCUGCAAUAUCCAUGUCAAUCAGAAACCGUGUGGCAGUUCAUUCAAAAUUACUUUUAUAAAAUUAAAACACCGCAUGAUAAGGUUUUACCACAAAUUAAAAUAUUAGAAAAUGAAUUAAACUCGAAUUAAAUAGGUACCUUGUGUUAUGUUUUAUUACAUUUUGUUUUAUAAAUAUAUUUUUUUGUGCUCUUCUGAAUUUCUUUAUCCUAGUUCCACUAAAAAUUUGAUGGUAUUAUUAAAUGAUUGCUAACUUAUAGGUUUCCAAAGGUACAACAUUUUUGGUUGACUCUGUAUGUUUUCUAAAUCAUU